CAUGUUACGUGCAGGUAGACUGCUGGCAGUUAGCCUGUCCCGGCUGCAUGCGAGUCCCACCAACAGCAGUCACAGCAUGGCGUACAGCGCGAAGAUAGGUCCGUCCAUCCUGAGCAGCGACCUGUCGUGCCUGGGCAGCGAGUGCGUGCGGAUGAUGGAGUGCGGGGCGGACUACCUGCACCUGGACGUCAUGGACGGGCAUUUUGUCCCCAACAUCACGUUCGGACACCCCAUGGUGGAGUGUCUGAGGAAGACUGUGGGCCAGGAUCCCUUUUUCGACAUGCACAUGAUGGUGUCCCGGCCGGAGCAGUGGGUGAAGCCCAUGGCCGCAGCGGGAGCCAGCCAGUACACCUUCCAUCUGGAGGCCACCACCAACCCUGGGAACCUCAUCAAGGAGAUAAGGGAGAGCGCCAUGAAGGUGGGAUUGGCCAUUAAGCCUGGUACUACCGUGGAAGAGCUGGCGCCCUGGGCCAAUCAGAUCGACAUGGCUCUGAUCAUGACCGUGGAGCCUGGUUUUGGAGGACAGAAGUUCAUGGAGGACAUGAUGCCCAAGGUGAGCUGGCUGCGGAGUCAGUUUCCCUCAUUAGACAUCGAGGUUGAUGGAGGCGUCGGCCCUGACACCAUUCACAAGUGUGCCGAGGCCGGGGCUAACAUGAUCGUGUCGGGCAGCGCUGUGAUCGGCAGCGACGACCCGCGAUCUGUCAUCAAAAUGCUGCGCGAUGCGGUGGCCGAAGCAAUCCAGAAACGCUCGCUGGACCGCUGAUACGUCUCGUGUUCGUGAGAGUCCAUCCUCCUCCCCGUAGAGACGCUCCACCUGCCCCCUCACAACGGCAACAAGCCGCAGCAGCCGGAGGAAACGACUCGACGUGGACAUUUGGGGGAGAAAUUGAGGUGGAGGGGUCACGGUCAGAGCGAGUGGCUUCUGUUUUUUUUUUUUUUUAGUUUUCUUUUGCCUACAGCCAAAACACAAUCGAUGUAAUGUGAUUGAAGCUGCGUCGCAUGUGUUUUACCCUCUCGUGCCAGAAGUGGGUCAAACCUAACCGAGCCCCGUCUCGGCACAGGAAACAACUCCAGGAGCCGAGCUAAACGUUUACGCCAAUAAACUCCGUAAACAUUCCAGGAUUCUGUGUACAACAAAAUAUGCCCCCAGAAGCCGUUUCGGUUUGCCUUCAGCUCCAAAGGUUAUUUUUCUUGUCCUUUCCAUUUGAAAUAUUGUUCCAAAGAUCCCCGAAAAGAAACUAGGACCAUGGUUUGUUCUCUGCUUUGUUGAUAUAAUGAGGUACUGACUGUACUACUGAAAACAUAAACUGUACAAUGGUGGGUUCCACAAGGUCUGUUUUGCAGAUUAAAAACUUUCAAGUGUUUA